AUGUUCAGGAAGAGUGGCUAUUUACGAAGGAACUGGCCAGGUGUUUUACGGCAACAAAGCUGUCGAUUUCAAUCGCAGCUCAGGAAUGGGGGUGGGGGUAAUGAGGUACAUGUACAUGAAGCUAUUCCAAAUACUGAUGUGGGAUUGCAAGGAGAAGCUGCGGGGUUAAGUUGGAAUAAUGUGGAAGUGAAGGAUUUAUAUUUAUUAGAGAAAGGUAUUAAGAAGACGGAUCAGGCCAUUUCAGAGUUUUCUAAUUACCGGUACAAGUUCAAGAGAUUGCCUCCGAAUUAUGGAUGUAACCAACUGGUAAAGAUUGAUCGAAGAUUGGAGGCAGAGUUACGACAUAUCAUGUCUUACUUUCGUUCUCCCAUUAAAUAUGCUUUCGGGUAUGGUUCUGGGGUUUUUGAACAGUCAGGAUAUCUGCAGGAGAGUGAGAAGCCUCAAAUAGACCUUAUUUUUGGUGUUUCCCAUCCAGAGCAUUUCCAUUCAUUGAAUAUGAGACAAAAUCCUCAUCAUUAUUCCACGAUGCGAUACUUUGGGUCAGAUUUUGUUUCUAAACUCCAAGACGUUGGCGCUGGGGUUUACUUCAACCCUUUUGUCAAUAUAUAUGGGCAUGACGUCAAAUAUGGGGUUAUUUCGAUGGAGAAUUUGCUGAAGGAUUUGGCAACAUGGGAUACGUUUUAUCUAGCUGGACGUUUGCAAAAACCGGUGAAGGUUUUGAAAAAUGAUUUGAGAGUACAGUUUUGGAACCAGUUGAACCUAAAGGCGGCUGCGACUUUAGCAAAGAGCAGAAUAAUGGCAAAGUCGCCUAGUAAAUUCAGCGAAUUUGAGUUUUAUAAAGAAAUUACGGCUUUGAGUUACCUAGGUGAUGUCCGUUACAAACUGGGUGGAGAGAACCCUAAGAAAAUUCACAAUAUUGUGGAGAAAAACUUUGAUAAUUUCAGAUCCUACUAUAAACCUAUUUAUAAGGAUGUUGUUCUGAAUGAUUUAAGCUAUCUUCCAAAGGGAUACACACCAGAUAAUGCACUGUCAGCUUUAGAACAGAAAAUAUAUGUAUCCAGUUCCGUUCAGGCAAUUAAGGGCAUUUUUACUGCCGGGCUUACGAAGUCAAUUAAAUAUGCUUGGGCAAAGAAAAUGAAAGCAUUGGACCAAAGGUAA